AUGGUGGUCAUUUCUCGACGCACGAGACGUCGCCUACGGUCCAUCUUCAUUCUUAUCCUCAUUUCUGCCUUUGUCAUUUAUUCUAUCCUUCCUCACGAUUCAGCCGUCCGCCUGGCCUUUGUCUUCAACAUCUCGCGCUUCUUUAAUUUUCUGCGUGGCGCAGCAACAAACCGAGACGCUUGGUUAUGGAAAUCGCCACGGUAUGUCGUAGAUCUCAAGAACGAAGUGGGCUACCUCAUCAAAACUGGGUAUGGAACGCGUCACCGAGUGCCUGAGCAGCUCGCUGCCUUUGAGGCAACAGGGGGUUUCUUAGGAAAAGAAGGCGAGAGUUUCCUAGUUGUAGGAGAUUGGACGACAGUGAAUCAGACAGAUGCAAGGCUGAUAGGCGUGACGGUGCACGAUGCUAUCAAGAGAGUUAUGGAGACCAAAAUCAGGGGCAAGGUGGAUGAUUACCCCAGGCUGGUAAAGUACUCAACUCUCCAGGCAAAGCUCCAAGCAGGAGACGAAGAAGAAGCUCUGAAGAUUGGGCAAAGCUAUGGCUGGGAACUCGAUGCGCUAAAAUUUAUCAUGGGCAUGGAGAUGAUAUAUCAUCAGUUGCCAGGCAAAAAGUGGUACAUCAUCUUAGAUGACGACACUUUCUUGAUACGACCUUCACUGGAGCUACUCAUGGGCCACGUUGACUACCGCAAGCCCCAGUAUAUUGGUAACGCAGUAGGUGAUUACAAGGCGCGUUUUGGGCACGGAGGAUCUGGAAUCCUGAUAUCCGGAGAGGCGAUGCGCCGUUUGUUCGAACACCCGGGCAUCGUACAAGAAGCAUACGUCGAGUCCAUGACCGAGACAUGGGGAGAUCGACUGGUGGCGACGACACUCCAGAAGCUAGGCAUAUACAUCGAAGAGUCGUAUAAUCAUCACUUCAAUGGUGAACCUCCUUCCAUCACGCGCAUCUGGGGUGAUCGUUUCUGCUCGCCACUACUCUCCUUCCACGGCUUGCGGAAGCCCGGCGAGAUGCGCCGUGUCGGGGAGACACUCGCAAAAAUAGACAAGCCAGUGUUAUGGCACGACGUUUGGCAGUUGUUUGGAGGCUCAGCUAUGUCGGCGCUUGGGAGCCGCCCAACAGAGCUAACAGCGGAUCAUGUGGGCAAGCCGGACGAGCACACCCGCUCAUGGGGUGAUGUGAGGAGUGCCAAUGCUUGUCAGAAGCGAUGUGAACAGAGUGGACGACGCUGCUUGGCAUGGACAUAUGAGAUGGAGAUUGAAAGAUGUCACACGAGUCCUUGGCUACUGCUGGGGGCGGACGGCGCUACAGGUAAGGCAUCGGGCGUGAACUGGCCCGAGGUGAAGCCAUUGCUCAAAGGCUGCAGAUAA